UUUUUUUUGGGAUUUUAUAUAAUAAUAAGCAAUGGUCAACAACAGACUAUUGUGAAACGAUAUCUACGAUUUUGACAUUUUGAGGUUAUGUAGUAUAUACCUUUAAACACUUUUUGGUACUUAUCGAAGAGUAUUUAUCGUAUUUAUCUUAUGGCGUGUCGUGAAAGACGUGGUUGUAUUGAAAAAUCGAAUUAAUGGAAAAAUAAAUUAAAUAACUACUAGAACAGUAGUUGCUAUAAAUAGUUCUACUUGUAUAAUUUUAUUGUAAAUUUACAAUUUAAAAAAAUCACAUUUGAUAACCAUGGGAGGAAAUAAAAAUAAAAGUAAAAAUCAAAAUGAAAACGAAAAUGCAGAGUACGUAAAGGUUAAGGAACAAAAUAUUGACAGCCUUGAGGAUGGGUUACACCAAAAUAAUGAAAUUUUUAAAAGUGAAGCCGCAAAAAGACCUCAUACUGAUGAUGACUCAAAUUCAGAUUCAGAAAAGCCUAAAAAAGCAAAGAAGAAAAAGAAAAGGCAACUGGCACCUGUAGAAGAGACAUCAAAUAAAAAAGGUAUAAAAUCAAUACGUCAAAUGAAAAAAGAAAAACAUCUUCAGCGACAAAUUGACGCGCAAGCGUCCGCUAAGGAUCAACUGAAAUCUCAGUGCCUCAAUUACUUAUCACAAUGGAAACAUGACAAACAAAAUUGGAAAUUCAUGAAGGCGAAACAGGUGUGGCUUUACAAAAAUAAGUUUUCAGCACAACUUGUACCCAAUGAGGUCUGGCCAGUGUUCUUAGAGUACUUUGAAUCAGCUCAAGGAAACAUUAAAAAGAUGCUGCUUGAUGACGCUCAUAAAAUUAUAAAUCAAAUGGAUCAAUGGACAGAAACACAGAAAGAGGAUAAAAGUGGAGAUAACCAUGAAGGAAAUAUUGAAGACGAAACUUCAGAAGUAAAUAAACCUGAUGAAAUAAUAUACAAUAGAGCAAGAAGCCUAAUACAAUGUUUACAAGAAUAAAACGGUUGUUUUAA